AUGUCUGACACCACUGUUAUGAUGGAAGAAAACGACUCGACGGCCUUGUUGUUGGCAAAAUCUGAUAAGAGCAACGCGUUGAGGAGUGUGGAAGAGGAUGGUCCAGGCACCAUCUUUGGAGUGAUGAUUGUGGAUCUUCUUGGCAUGGGUGGGGAAAGCAAGACAGAGGCCGCGCGGCGGCAGAUGGAGGCAGUGCUUGCGGACGAGGCAGCGAUGGACCAUUUGAGGGCCGAAUUGAGGCAUCAGGUGUUACGAUCCUUCACUACCGAGUAG